AACUGUGUCCUGUGCUGAAAAAAUUUGCUUUGGUGGAAAAUUUAAAUAACAUAGUCUGUUCACUUUGCCUAAACCUUAUUACAUUAACUUUUGGGCCGCAAGUAAAUUACUUCCUGAAAAUGCAAGGGUUCGCUCUCCCUUUGAAACACGAGUGCGUGUAUAUGCGUAGUUUACGGUAGGCCUAUAUCCACUUGUUUAGGGUAGUUGCCGGGGAAACUCCUCUAUCUGCUGAACAGCUUUGAUCCUUCUGUCAAGUAGGCUAUAUAUUUUUUACAGUCUCUGGCUAUAUUGCUUGCUGUCUGCAAUCGUCUUACGUCUCCUGCACGCGUGUCAAAUAUUUUACCUAGCAUAAUGUUUGAACUGAACUGCAGGGUAUGGAAAAAACUGCUCUGGACAUUGAAGGACUGAAAGCUUCCAGACAGGCGUUAGAAUUUCUGGCCAGCAUUGAUUUGAAGGAACUCCAGCAGUGCCUGUUUGCUGACACUUUAGUGACUGUCUCAGACACUGGGAGAGAGCUGGGGGAGUUCACUAUCACUGUCCAAAAUGCAACCUAUGACAAUCAGCCAUGCUACCAUGUGCAUGCAAACAGCCAUGGCUCCAUUGAUAACAUACCUUGUGGAACCUCAGUCACCGCUUAUGUAUCCACAAAACUUGAGACCUUAGAACAGAGCCAUCAUGAAUAUGUCACGCUUCAAGACCAUAUUUUGGACAGAAAAUCCCAUAUGGUCAGACGUGGUGAUCAGCUGCACUUGAAUAAAGUUGUGACUCAAAGAGAGGAUGUGAAAAGACAAACCUUCACAUUUCCAUUAGGUUCUCUUGAGGGCUUUGUGUCGGAGGCCUCCAAUCUUCUAAUCCAGCGAGUUCUUGCCCAGCGGAAGAGGAUUCCAGAGAACAUGGUGUUCCUCACGCUGGACACAGAGACUAGGAUCACAGUCUCUAGUUAUAAGGGACUGGGACAAAAACAGCAGAUGGUGGGACAGAAGUGUGUUGAGGUUUUUGGGAUCGAGAUGACCGUGGAUUCCAUCGAGGAUGUUCCUGCAGCAUGGCACUGCUAUUUCCUCUCAGAUGGACAUCUUGCAAGCCGAGUACAAGUUGGAUCUCCGGUGACAAUGAGACUCAUUCAGCUGCCUGUUCAGAUGGGGGGAGCUGACAAAGAUAGAAAAGCUGUCUUUGAGAAGAAACCUCUAGUGUGGGAAGAGGACAUGCAGCUGUGCUCUACAUUUCUGGACAGAAAGGAGGCACUGAAAGCUGAUCAUGCCUCAUAUGUCAGACAACACCCAGAGCUGAAAGCCCUGAUGGCCGAUUUCCUCCAGUUCCUGCUGCUCAGGAAACCUGACGAUGUAUUUUCCUUCGCCGCAGAAUAUUUUGCUCCGUUUGCCUCGCAGAGUAAUCCAGGAAGCAGAUUAAAGUCCUCCAGUUUGAUUAACGUGUCUGAAAACUAGGAAAUUCUAAUUCUAUACUAUAACUCACAUGCAAAAUUCAAUUCUCUGUGCUCUGGAGGAGAAAGUAAAGGUUUGACUUUAAGGUUUGCAGUUGUGUUCUUGUGUUUGUGUUCUUUCUUGCAGUUAUAUUUAAUAAAUUAAAAACAGAUAUAAUGGAGAUAACGUACGACUUUGUCCUUGUCUUUGUCCUUGAUCGGAAUACAUAAUUUUACGUUAGUUAAGUUUGACGAUAUGUGAUGUGAGAUACGUAUGGGCCACUGUAUGUCCCGUUAAAACUCAAUUUCCCAUAAUACUUUGUUGCUCGUGUUGUCAUUUCGGAUACGACAUAAACGGGAAGACAGCGGCGAGGUAAUCUUGUAAUUUACGUUGUUAUUAAAUGUAUGUUUCUGAAAGAAGCGCUUGAAGUAAACAGUAUGGUUCGGUAAAUUGCUUAAACAGGAGAGCGUUUGGUAAGUGUAUUUAGCUAGCAAGCAGAAGUGGAACGUUGAGAACAGAUUGAAUUGAACUGCAGUCAACGGAGUUUAUCGCUUGCUACGGAACAUUGUGUUCACACUAGCAACGUUACUUAAUCACUAAGCAGUGUUAUUCAAAGCUAUGUUGUUGUAAUCAACAAUAAAGUAUGUUGCAAAUUA